AUGUCCUCAGACGACACUGCAGCGAAAAAGAAACAAAUGAUGCAGAAUUUUCUGAACAGGAAACGAAAAAUAGACCUAAAAGUUGGCGAGGAGAUUCAGCAGAAGCCGUCGACGUCUUCUGAAACGAUAGAAAAGGACGAAAAAGAGAAGAAGGAAGAAGAAAAGUUUGAUAAGAUUCCCUCGACGAACAAGGAAUUUUUGAGAAGAACCAUUCAGUCGACAAUGCCACGUGGCAAGAAAAAAAAGUAG